GAUGACCGAGGAGGACAAGCAGCAGCAGGCGGCCGCCGAGGCGGAGGCCCAGGCCCAGGCGGGCUCGGACGACGAGGAGGAGCCGCAGCAGGCCAAGAGCAAGCAGGACGAGAGCAGCGCCAUGGAGAAGCUCACGGACCGCGAGGAGGAGAAGGCCAUGGACGAGAACAAGAUGAAGCAGGCCUUCCAGGCGCUGCUCAAGCAGGAGGAGGCCGACAAGGAGGCCGAGCGCCAGCUGGAGAAGAAGCUGGCGGCCGUCAAGGUCAGCAAGGACGACGUGGCGCUCGUGGCCAGCGAGAUGGAGCUGUCCACGCAGCAGGCGGACCGCAAUCUGCGUGAGGCCGACGGCGACGUCGUCAAGUGCCUGCAGACGCUCAUCGCCGCCUAAAGACGCUGCAGUUGGACGAGCUGGAGGGUUAAUAGACUGUGACGCCGUUU